UCUCAGUCCCUUCUCGCCGCCGGUGCGCCCGGGUCGUGCGAUCUGCGCUCGCUCGGCCCCCUCCAGCCGCCGCCGGCCGGUCGAGCCCCAGCUCCCGAGCUGCCGCCGCUGCUGCCGGGACAUGGUCCUCUGCGUUCAGGGACCUCGUCCUUUUGUGGCUGUGGAUCGGAUGGGGCAGAGGCCCCGGUGGGCCCAGCCUGAGCCAGCUAUGCAGCCUUUGCCUGCCGGGGCCCUCCUGGAGGAGGUGACAGAGGAGAUCCCAGCCCAGUCAGAGGGUGAGCCCAAGGUGCUAGACCCAGAGGAAGAUCUGCUGUGCAUAGCCAAGACCUUCUCCUACCUUCGGGAAUCAGGCUGGUACUGGGGUUCCAUUACGGCCAGCGAGGCCCGGCAACACCUGCAGAAGAUGCCAGAAGGCACAUUCCUAGUACGUGACAGCACCCACCCCAGCUACCUGUUCACGCUGUCGGUCAAAACCACCCGCGGCCCCACCAAUGUGCGCAUCGAGUACGCCGACUCCAGCUUCCGCCUGGACUCCAACUGCCUGUCCAGGCCGCGCAUCCUGGCCUUCCCGGACGUCGUCAGCCUCGUGCAGCACUACGUGGCCUCCUGCGCCGCCGACACCCGAGGCGACACCCCGGACCCUGCACCGCCUCCAGCCCUGCCCGUCCCCAAGGAGGAUGCACCGGGCGACCCAGCGCUGCCCACCCCGGCGGCCACCGCCGUGCACCUGAAACUGGUGCAGCCCUUCGUGCGCAGGAGCAGCACCCGCAGCCUGCAGCACCUGUGCCGCCUGGUCAUCAACCGUCUGGUGGUCGACGUGGACUGCCUGCCGCUGCCCCGGCGCAUGGCCGACUACCUCCGGCAGUACCCCUUCCAGCUCUGACCCGGCCCACAGCCUCCUCGCCUCCCCCAGCCAUGCUCGGGAGGGGAACCCUGGCCCCAGCUGGACUUGGGCUCUCGCUGUCCCCCCUCCAGACAUCCUGGCGCCCACGUCCUCCUGGCGCCGGACCAGGAAGAGUCAGCAGGAGCGAGGCUGGGGGCGAGGUGGGGGGAGGUGUCCCACAACCUGAAGGUCUCGCCCCAGCUCCCAUGUGGCUCCCUGGUGGUGAGCCGUGUGUCGGAGACAGAGGGAGACGGGCAGGAUCUGUCUCACCUGUGGGCUGGGGCCGGGCGCCCCCUCACCUGCCGUGGCCUCCAGAACUGUAGAGACUCUGCCAGCCCUGGUUUCUCAGUUUGCAGGGCGGGGCGGGCCCCCUCCUUCCAACCUGUGUUUCUCAGGGAGGACGGCAGCCAGGGGAACUGAGGUUGACAGUGACAGUCCCCUGGUGGGAGAGCAGGCCAGGCUGGGAAGUGCACAGUUUUACAGUAUUUAUUUAUUUAUUCUCCGGGGGUUGGUCUCAGGGUAAGCCAACCCCUCUCCCCUGAUCCCUGAGUGCUCGGAGACCCCAGCUUCUCUGGCUCCUCCCUGCGGAGAGCCCCAUCCUGAGACAGGGUGCUGGACCUGAGGCAGCCACGGAUGUCCUGGUGCUGACCCCCCACCUGUGAAUGUGUCCACCCUCUUCUGCGUCCGGCCUGCUCUGGGAGGGUGGGCGAAUGGACGAGAAAAGGGAGCCCAAGCUGCAGCUCCCCCGCCCCCUGCCUGCAGAGCGCCACCCACACAGGGCUAGACUCCAGGGGCAGCGGCUGCCGCUCCGGGCUCCCGGGUUUGCUUCCUUCCCAGGAAGGUGCGCCUGCCACCUGAGAGAGGGAAAGAAAUACGUAUCUGAUAAGACUUUAUAAAAUAAUUAUUAUAACAAAAAAAAAAACAGUUUGGUAGUCCUUUUUUCUUCCACUGGUUUUUCUGUAAUGACAAUAAAAUCGUGCCUUUCAUUUGUGGAGGCCCGAGUGGGGCCUCUCUUGAGCUCUGA